ACACACACACACACACACACACACAGACAGAGAGACGCUGAAUGAGGAAGCGCUCGAGCUGCACGGAUGAAGAAUGAACCAUCUGCAUCUCUUCUCAUCUGACGUGUGUUUUCACCCUCAUGAUGGCGAGACUGAGCGAACACGGGAUCCGGCUGAGCUCUAUGAGCCCGUCGUACCUGGAGAGCAACUCCACCAGUCACACAUGGCCCUUCAGUGCGGUCGCUGAACUCAUCGAUAAUGCAUCUGACCCGGGCGUCACAGCCAAGAACAUCUGGAUAGAUGUCGUGACGCUCAGAGAACAGCUGUGCCUCAGUUUUAUGGACAAUGGUAGCGGCAUGACGCCCAACAAACUGCACAAAAUGCUCAGUUUUGGGUUCACAGAGAAAGGCUCUGGUAAAAGCAGCCAUCAGCCCAUCGGCGUGUACGGAAAUGGAUUUAAAUCGGGCUCGAUGCGUCUGGGCCGCGAUGCUCUGAUCUUCACCAAGAACGGCGGCUGUCAGAGCGUGGGCAUGCUGUCCCAGAGCUUCUUACAGGCUAUUAAAGCUCAGGCUGUGAUCGUACCCAUCGCCCCGUUCAACCAACAGACCAAGACGCUGGUGGUAACCGAGGAUUCGGAGGCGAGUCUGAGAGCCAUCCUGAAAUAUUCUCUCUUCCAGAGCGAGUCUGAGUUACAAGAGCAGCUGGACUCCAUACAGGGCAAGAAAGGAACCAAGAUACUCAUCUGGAACAUCCGCAGAAAUAAAGACGGAAAGCCAGAGUUUGACUUUGACACCGAUGUGGAGGACAUCCGUCUGCCGGAGAUCCGGUCGGAGGAGACGCAGGGAAAAUGGAGGAGAGAUUACAGGCAGCGCAGAGAAAGUAACAGCGUUCCUGAGAUGGAGUUUUCUCUCAGAGCUUAUCUCAGUAUACUUUACCUGAAGCCCAGGAUUCAGAUCAUUUUGAGACAGAAGAAAGUUCAGACUAAGCUGGUUGCCAAGAGUCUGUCCAUGAUUGAGAACGACGUCUAUAAACCCCAAUUCAUUAACGAGAGAGUGAAAAUAACUUUUGGAUUCAACCGUAAAAACAAGGAGCACUAUGGAAUUAUGAUGUACCAUAAAAACAGACUGAUAAAGGCCCAUGAGAAAGUUGGCUGCCAAAUCAAGUCAUCAGGUCAAAGGUCAGGGGUCGGGGUCAUCGGAGUGAUAGAGUGUAACUUCCUCAAGCCUGCUCAUAACAAGCAGGAUUUUGAAUACACCAAAGAGUACAGACUUACACUAGCUGCUCUUGGUCUCAAACUGAAUGACUACUGGCGUGAAAAGAAGGAAAAGAAAGCCAAAGAGAGAGAGUUUCAAGCCUUAGAGAGAAAAAGCAAAGAAGGCGAUACUGAGGAAACAGAGGAAGAGGAUGAUGAAGAGGAAGAGGAGGAGGAGGAGGAGGAAGAAGAAGUGGAUGUGACAUGGAUUCAGUGCGAGGAGUGUUUGAAAUGGAGAGGAAUCACCACUCACCUGUUCGCUGGAAGCGUUCCUGAUCCGUUCAGAUGCUGCAUGCACCCGAUCCCACGCUUACGGAGCUGUUUGCUACCGGAGGAUACGGACGAGAAUGCUGAUGUCAGAUCACCCAGCUAUGAAAAAACAUUCAAAAAACAGGAAAAUGCCUCAAUCAAGAGAAGAGGAAGAUCUAUGGAGAUGACUAAAAGCCCAGUGCAACUUCUCUGUAGAGGACUAUCUGAACCUACAUCAGUGAGCAAACAGGAUGAGGUCACCGUUGUCAUGACGACAGAUACACAGGAUACAGAUGAGGAUGGAGUCCAAGUCACUGCCACAGAAGAGGAAGAGUCAUCACCCUCCCCGAGAAAAAGAAGGAAAGAUGCAUGUUCACACACUGAAAAGGGCAAUAAAUCCCCAAACCAUGCUGGAUCUCCAGACGUCCCAUCUGAGGGAGAGACAGAAACAACAGACAAAACGCAUGAAGUUUCAGAGACAAACACAGACACAUCACCAGCGGUGGAUGCAGCGGCUCAGGAGGACAGCAUUGAGCCAGAGGCCGCUGUGCUCGAGGGCCCCGUAGAGCCCCAGACGUCUCAGGGGCCACAGAUGGCCAAAGAUCAGCCGAGGAUCCCGCCUCACCCGCUCUCGCCACACACCUCCAUGACCAUGGCUCAGACGGUGGUCGUCACUCCUCUCAGCAGAUCGGGAUUUCAGCCCGUGUCUCCGUUACCGACAGACGGCUCAGACCGCACCGCUCUCGCUCAGAGACUCGCUCAGCUGGAGCGGGAAGCGAAGCGGUUAAAAAGAAUCCUGGGCAUCCGUGAGCCAGAGGUUGCCAUGGUAACGGAGGCAGAAGGGGGCGGGCCUUCUGAUGUCACCACGGUUGAGGAGCGACUUGCGCAAAAUGGAAGUUCAGUGUCAUGUGACCAAAAUGCCGAAAGAUUGAACCCAGUGUCAACAGAGGAACUUUCUGCUUGUCAGAAAUCAGAAGAACAGGAAAGCGGGCCUCCUGCGCAGCAGAGCAGCUCAUCCCCAAUCCAGCAGGAGGCAGAAACGAGUCCUAGAGACGAGCUCUACUGGAGUAAGACAGUAGCCAAACUCCAGAGUGAGAACCAGGCGCUGUUAACUGAUCUGACUGAGCUGAGAACAGAGAGAGACCAACUGCUGAACCGAGUGAGACAAACAGAGAGAGACACACAAGAGAGGAGAGACCAGAGCACCAACACACCCAACCACACUUACAACAGCAGUGUGACGUUGGAGAGGCUGCGGUCCAUCCGUCGGAAUGUGGUUGCAUUACUGUCCUCCAUCCUACCAAACCUGGAUAUGCAGGGAAUCAGCUACGACACGAUUGAUGUAGACAGCAUCCUACAUCAGAUCAUACAGGCCAACAACCUGUGAUCCUUCAACCAUGAUUACAGACGGCUGCCUUAUAACAGACAAGCAUAUGGGAUCAGCGUAUAACGUUCAUCUGAAGCCAAACAGAAGGCAGAAGUUUGAAGGACAGAUUUAAGGCGAGAGGUCACAGCAGCAUUGGUGCAUACAAAAACACAGCAUUAAAAGUUCUUUUAAAAAUAAGUUAUAUGGCAGGUUAAAGCUACAUUUCACACACAAACACAUUCAUAUAAUUAUUCUGAAAGCUGAUGAAUUUAUAUAGAUGCUUUGCAACAAUAUGCACAGGUGUAUGAGCCCUGAUAUUUAAUGCAUGACAUUCAUAUAACUUGCUUUUUGCAUGCAAGCUGUCUCUUUAGUGCAGCAAGUCAAAGUACUUUCACAAUCAUGUCACUAACGCUUGAGGUUUCACACACAAUUUACUGCCUUUCGUUUCAGCUGCACUGCUCUUUCAACGCUCAAACGCAUGCAUCUGCAUGCAACUUUUUGCCUGUACAUAUUUAAACCUGCUGUUCUUUAACAGCUUUUAAUACAAACAUUUGUUAGUAUUAUAAUUUUCUAUAAAAGUUUUUUUUAAAUUUUGUAACCUGAUGGUCUAAUUUUGCAAACUGAUAAUAAACACCAUGUUUUUUUUUUUUUUUUAUUUGAACUUUCAGCUAUGUCACUUUUGUUCAUUAAAUAAUAAAAGUGUUUUUUUGUAA